AUAAAAAGUAAAUUUUUCUACGUCUAUAGCUCCCAGAAAACACAAAGAAAUAAAUGUGUGUGUGAAAGAGAGAAAAAAGGAACUAAUAAGAAAAGUCAUGGCGGGAGUUAAUAAACCACAGGUGGCGGCGACGUUGUUGAUGUUCAUGAUGGUUGCCGCUGUGGUGAAGGUAUCGGAGGCGGUGAUGGAACCUGGGCCGCAGUAUAAGCCAUGCUACGAACACUGUGUCGAACAAUGCAAAGGGGACGGCAAUGGCGACACCUUCUGUGAGAUGAAGUGCGACUCUGACUGCAUGGCCAAAGACGCUGCAACUAAACUGAACAUAACCCUGAACAAUUGACGGAAGAAGGAAAAUGAGAUUAUUCGAUCAUUCCGAGGGAAAUGUUAUGAGAAAUGGGAAAGAAAAAUAGGAUACUGGAAGAGAAACAUAUUGGGUUUGUUUAAAUUAAAUUAAAUUUUUUUUCAAUAUUAUCUUUGUGUUGAUUAUGUGGUGG